AUGAAGCUCAGCCCCAAGAACCAGCUGGAUUCCGCCAGGGGUUCAGCUGCUUGGACCACAUCCAGACCGCCCCUUGUUCUAACCUUCGUCGACUAUGAGAAAGCCUUUGACAAUGUAGAAACGAAUGCAAUACUGUCAGCGCUGGUCGAUCAAGGUGUGGACGCGUCGUAUGUGAGGACAUUAGCCAAUUGCUACGAUCGAUGCACGACUAGGAUACAGCUUUUCCACCGCCCUCUCACCAUACCCAUUGGAAAGGGGGUACGACAAGGCGAUACUAUAUCGCCGAAGCUGUUCACGGCUGCAUUGCAAUGGAUAAUGAAAUCACUAUUCUGGGAAGAAAGGGUCAUACGUGUUGAUGGAAGAUUUCUUUCGAACCUACGUUUCGCGGACGACAUCGUUCUCUUUUCGUGUAGUACCAAUGAAGCAGAAACGAUGCUCAACGAAUUGAACGAAGCAGGGAAGAGAAUAGGACUACGAAUAAACAGAAAGAAGACACAGUUCAUGAAGAACGCCUACUGCGAGGACGGAGGAGUACAACUUGAAGACUCCCAAAUCGUGGAAACUCCGUUAUACGUAUACCUCGGACGUUCUAUGAACAUGGAAAACGACUUGAAGGAAGAACUGAAUAGAAGAAUGAGGGCAGCAUGGGCAGCAUUCGCAGCCGUCAGGGAAGCUACGGACCAACUGACGGACCAAGAUCUUCGUGCUCAUCUGUUUGACUCGACAGUCCUUCCAGUGCUCUGUUACGCAGCGGAAAGGUGGGCAGACACUGCGGCCACGUCUAGGAAGCUAAUUACUUCCCACAGAGCCCUUGAGUGA